UCCUUUUACGCUGCUAAGAUGCUUUUUAAAAAGUUCAUAAUGUUUCACUUUAAGAUGAAAAUGAGAGAUUCUGAGUUUUUCAAUGUAUUUCUUCUUCAGAAAUGGAGCAAACUCUAUAUUUCAUUCUUCUUCUCGUUGCUCUCUGCUCCGUAUCUGAAUGUGUUCAGCGUCAGUAUCACUUUAUAAAUGAGAAGAAGACCUGGACUGAAGCUCAGAGAUACUGCAGAGAGAAUUACACAGAUCUGGCCACCGCUGACAACAUGAACGACAUGAACAAGCUGAUGAAGAGUGUGAUUGAUGUACGUUUCUGGAUUGGGCUGCAGAAGACGGGUCGUGAUCAAUGGCAUUGGUCUUCAGGUGAACCUGUUCUCUAUCUGAACUGGGUGACUGGACAACCACAACAUAACAAUUGUUCUAUGAUGAGAAAUGGAGAAUGGCAUGUUGUGGGAUGUGAUAGGUCCCUGACUUUCAUCUGCAGUUCGUCCAAUAACACGCACACAGGACUCGUCUUCAUCAAUCAGAAGAUGAACUGGAGAGACGCUCAGAGAUACUGCAGACAGAAUCACACUGAUCUGGUCAGUGUGAGAAACCAGGAUGAGAAUCAACAGAUUGAGAAGAUCAUGAAUGACAGUCUGAUAUCUGAAGCUUGGAUCGGUCUGUUCAGAGACUCAUGGCAGUGGUCAGAUCAGAGUAACUCUUCAUUCAGAAACUGGAACACUGGUGAACCUAAUAAUGUUGGAGGUGAUGAAAACUGUACAGCUGUUGAAAAGAGCGCUCGGGGACGAUGGUUAGACAUCUCUUGCACCAAUCAGCUUCCUUUACAUGAACGCCUAUUUCCUUUUGUGUGUCAUGAAGAUAAACUGAUUGUGAUCAGAGAGAAUCUGACGUGGUCUGAAGCUCUGAGAUACUGCAGACAGAAUCAUGUGGAUCUGGUCUCGGUUCAUUCACAAGAGAUUCAGCGUCGUGUGAUGAACGUGGUUAAACGAGCGUCUACUGCAGAGCUGUGGUUGGGUUUACGUCACUCUCAUAUUUUAGGCGUCUGGUUCUGGGUGAGUGGAGAGACCGUGUGCUAUCAGAACUGGGCUCCAGGGAACGGCACAUCAGAGGAGGACUGUGAACACACAGUGAGAUCUGGAGCAGUUCAGUCUGGAGGAGAUCAGCGCUGGAUCAGCCGUCCUGAAACUGACAAACUCAACUUCAUCUGCAGCAGAUAUUAA